AUGGCAGUCCGUCGCUCCUGACAACCGAUCGAGCGAGAAACUGUUUGAAGUUAAGAUUGUGCUGUUUGAUGUUUGAGAAGAUGCAGUCUGUAUUGUAUCUGACGUGUGCAUUUGUUGCACUGGGUUGUGCUGACAUUGAACAUCAUCAACACGAUCAUCUCAGUGAAGAGCACUAUGUAGAUGGGGAACACAAUGCUGAGUAUGACAGGGACGCCUUCUUUGGAGAUGAGGAGGAAGAGGAGGAAUUUGCCAAGCUUAGUCCACUUGAACAACAGGAGAGAUUGAUAUCUAUUGUGAAGAAAAUUGAUACCAAUUCAGAUGGCUUUAUCUCUGAUGGUGAGCUCAGCACAUGGAUACAGAAGUCUUUCAGACAUUAUUCAACUGAGGAGACAGCACAUCGAUUUCCAGAGUAUGAUGCCGACCAUGAUGGGAUUGUAUCGUGGGAGGAAUAUAACAUGCAUAUGUAUGACCGUGUCAUCAGUUUUGAUGAGGAUGUCGUCUUGAAUGAUUCAGAGGAAGAAUCCUUUAGACUGCUACAUUUAAAGGAUAAGAAACGCUUUGAACAUGCAGACAUUAAUGAUGUUCCUGGACUGAACUUGACAGAAUUUAUAGCGUUUGAACAUCCAUCUGAAGUGGAUUACAUGAUGGAUUACGUCAAGCAAGAUGCAUUAGAAGAACAUGAUAGAAAUGGAGAUGGGUUUAUCAGUCUAAAUGAGUAUCUUGGGGACUACAGGAGAGAUCCAGGUGCAGAAAAUGAUGCUGAGUGGACAAUUGUAGAAAGAGAACGCUUUGAAAAUGUGUAUGAUAAGGAUCAAGAUGGUAAACUUAGCCCUGAGGAGCUGCUUAAUUGGGUGGUGCCCAACAAUUUGGAUGCUGCAAAAGAGGAAGCUGUUCAUCUUAUCAAAGAAAUGGACACAAAUGGUGACGGGAAGCUGACAGAGAAUGAAGUUUUGAGCAACCAGGAGCUCUUCCUCAGCAGUGAAGCUACUGACUACGGCAGACAGCUCCAUGAUGAGCAUUUCUUCCAUGAUGAGCUCUAAUCCUCAAUUGUACACUUUGGACAUCCGGGUUAACUGUUUACACCAAAUGAAAAUGAAUCUGAACAUCUGCCUUUAGUAAGUUUAAAAAAAAAAAACAACCAAC